UUACAGUUCAUGAUGAUGAUUUUUGAAGGAAUAUUGAUGUUCUCAAGAGAAAGUUCCUUAGUGGGAAGUUGGUCACGACCAUCUAAAGUAACGGCACAUUGGGUUUGCAUGACCACUGGUGUUGUGUUUGCCUUAUUAGGACUGACAGCUAUCAUGUACAACAAACAUUUAAACGAUAAACCACAUUUCAAAUCCUGGCAUGGAUUACUGGGACUUAUUACUGUCAUUUUUGCCUGCGUUGAGGUAAUGGGGGGUGUUUGUGUGAAAUACAGCCAAAAAUUGUUGAAAGGUGUCAGAAUUCGGCUAGUGGAUUUGAAGAUGUAUCACGCCACAGCUGGGCUGAUGUUAUUUAUGCUGGCAUCAGCUACCACUAUCCUUGGUAUGAUGUCAAAUUGGUAUAUGAAAAAUGUCAAAGGAUCAUCGUUUUAUAUGUCCAUUGGAUGUGUAGUACUUAUAUCUUUAAUAAUUUCUAAUCAGGUCACGCAGUCCUACCUUCCUAAAACUAAGCCUAGCACUAGCACUUCUAAUGAUAAGGACAAAUAG